UAAUCGCAUCCAAUAAAUCGCAAAUUUUCUUUCUCCGCAGAACGUAACAUAGCUCUCUUUGUUUUCUUAUAACAAUUUUACCAAUUAUCAAAAUUAAUUGACCUCCAAAUAAAAGAACAUGUGAAAUCUUUGUGGAACUGUGAAAUUGUGAAAGUGUGUAAUUAGAAGAUUGGUUAUUCAGCGUGUCGUUCGGCCAGCGUUACGUCGUUUUAUAGCGAAGUGUUGCUAAAUUUUUGUGCUCGCAAAUAAAAAAAAAUGUUAUAGUUUUAAGCACCACGCUCAUAUUAAGAUUAAAAAUGGACACGCUUUGUAAUGAAAUUGGCAUAAAUAUACAGCAUUUGUGCGAAACCAAUGUGUCGGGACGCUACCAAUUGAUUUGCGACAAGCAAUGGCUGCAAUCUUUGGAACAGCGGCGCAAGAUUGCUCCGUUUAAUAUAUGGCCAAAACUGGAUAGACGUGCCCAUCCAAGUGGUCCUUUGGAUCAUCCAUGGACACGCAUAUUGCUGCAAACUUAUCCGAAGAAACCAAACUUAAGAGUAUUUCCAUUGCAACGGCAAACCAGCGAUGCGGGCAUAGACCCGCUCAGAGAAGGUGGGGGUAACAGUCCGCUCACUUACUCUCAAGCAUUAGCCUAUGUGACCAGCACAAAUUUCAAAAAUCUUUGGGAGGCUGCAUACAAACGCUAUCCAGGUGCUAAUGUAAAGUAUGCAAAAGCUUCUGGAACAACAGGCAAAAUGCUCACUUCACCUACUGCAUGUAAUCUGACAUUUUAUGAUGUGGUGUUGAAAGAAGUGAUACAGCGCGUAUACAACUGCCCGGUCAUACAUUGUCAGAUAGACCGACUGCGGGAAGGGCUGGACAGCGGAAACAAUAUUGGGAGUGUGGUUACAGAAGACGUAACCGGACCGGAGUGUCAUGCCAAUAUUAUGCCCGCUCUCAUUACAGUGGAGACUUCAACACAUUUCUGCGUUUUGUUUUAUCCGCCUGCCAUCGUUACAAGUCUCUAUGACUGCAUUACCUAUUCACCAUCCAUAUUGGGUAAAUCUUACAACAAAUCUCUCUUCAUCAUUUACCAAAUCAUACAGCUUUCAAAGGCGCUACAAGAGGGUGGACACUUUUUGGGUGAUAUACGUUUGCAUGACAUAAUGGUGCGUGAGAAUCUCUGGAUACAAGUGCUGCCUCGGCUGGAAUCUUGCAUACUACGGCACAAUAUUGAUGAGCAUGCGGCUUCACCCAGCGAGACGGCACACGGUGCGGAUGGCGACAUUUCUGCCGCAUUGGAGGAAAACGAAAAUGGAAGUUUUGUUUGCGAUGCGAAUGACGAUGGCGGCGAAGAUGACGACACUGCGGAUUGCUCGAGCAACACCAAAUUCGAUCUGCAGUUCGCCUACGACUUGGAACAGUUUACACUGCGGGAAUACUGUGAGAUGUGGUGCAAUGGUCAACUUUCCAAUUAUGAUUACCUAACCAUAUUGAAUAAUGCUGCUGGCCGAAGUCUGAAUAACCCUGCCUAUCAUCACAUAAUGCCAUGGGUGACUGAUUUUACAGCACGCAAUGGACUGAACUGGCGUGAUUUGACUAAAAGCAAAUAUCGUCUCAACAAAGGAGAUGUGCAUUUAGAUUUGAUGUUUUCACACGCCACACAUCAAGGGGUAAACACGAUUGGAAAUACCGCCACUGUGGUUGGUGUAAGCACUCAAGCGCCACAUCAUGUGUCGGAUUUUCUUUCAGAAAUCACAUACUUUGUUUAUAUGGCGCGUCGCACACCACAACCUGUACUCUGCCAGCAUGUGCGCCCGAUUUGGGUGCCUGCGGAAUAUCCGGCAUCAAUACAACGUUUGCAACAAUGGACGCCAGACGAAUGCAUACCGGAAUUCUACUCUGAUCCAAUGAUUUUUAAGAGCAUACAUGAAGAUCUACCAGACUUGGAGGUACCCGCGUGGGCCUCCUGUCCCGAAGAUUUCAUUGCAAAGCAUCGAGAAGCUUUAGAGUCUCAAUAUGUCAGUGAACGGCUGCAGCACUGGAUAGAUCUCAAUUUUGGCUACAAAUUAUCUGGUAAGGCUGCUGUAAAGUCGAAAAAUGUGUGUCUCAGUUUGGUCGAUCAGCACAAAGAGCUCUGCCAGCGUGGUAUUGUGCAACUUUUCACCACACCACACCCUACUAAACGUUUUCCAUCAUCGUGGUUUAUUAAAACGCCACCACGACUCAACCAGCUCCAUGCACAGCCGCGUUCUCCACGUUCCGCCAACUCCACGCUGCGUCCUCACGAGUCUAGACGACUUGCUAAGAGCACAGAGAAUCUCAAUGCUAACGAACCAUCCAUUGCGCUUGAAACAGACCCUAUAGCUGCAACUACUUCCCUACGUCGUACGGGUGGCUCAUCAUCUUCGCCGCGUAUGUCUCUGCGUACAAGCAACGCUGCUGGCGACAUGACACACAGUUCCAGUUUUUAUCCUAGCACUAAUUUUAUUGACUUGCCGAAAGAUUACAACCCAAGCGCAUUACUCCAGUCACUGGAAACAAUGGAGCUUUUUUUCGCCCGCACAUUUCCAAAACAAAAGGCUGCGACAAAUACUUCGGAAAAAAUUAUUUAUAGCGAUAUGUUGUUUGAAGCGCACUUCUCGGAGAACUCUUUUACAAAUCGUCUUUUUGUGGAAGGUACAACGAAUCCUGCUGAGCCGACCAUAACACAAAAUAAACAGAAGCCCAAAAGCUUGCUCGCGCCAAGUCCAAAUUUUCUAAAGAAACGCUCAAUUAAGCAGCUGCUAACUGAGAAACGCGAGCGUGAGUUGCAAGUGCUCGGUUGCCUGAUUGUGGAACUGUUCGCUAUGCACCGCCUACGCGCAAUGCUCAUGAACGGCGUCAAUGUCGGCAUCGAAGAGCGUUUGCAAGCGUGUCGCACCGUAGCUAAACUAUACAGUCAAGAUAUACCAAAGUGUUUGCGUUACGUUGUCGCCCAGCUGCUGCAAUUGCAGCGCGCUGAAUUGGUCACCGAAAAGGGGCUGCCGCCCCCAACAGCUACACAAUUACUCGAGCCAAUUUUCUCUAACCAACUAAUACCUUUUCCCGCCAAUUUUUAUCCUACCUAUGCGCUCAUACGCGCGUUGCACCAAUUCGAUUUUAACGCUUCACUACUGGAGUUGUGUACACAUUUCAAUUGCAAUGGCCGCGACUGCGCGAAAUACACCGACAUGGAUCGCCAGCGGGUACUCUUCGAACGUAAAAUAGCCGAGUGUAAGGUGAUGUCCUGCUGUGCAUACAUCGGCCGAUUGCUGGAACCAAUUGGAUAUGAGCAAUUUUCUCCCGUGGAACUACUGCUACCGCAUAUAAUCGAUCUGCUGUUGGAUGAGCAGACGUCGAUUUUAACUGCGUGGAAUUUAUUCGAUCCAGUUGCGCAAGCGCUCGGCAUUGUUAAUACGCAAAAGUACCUGUUAUUGCCAAUUAUGAAAUUAUACGAUGUGGAAAGCUUUGAACGCGGCAUGAUUUCGGUGCGCACACGUAGUGCGGAUGCAAAUAGCUCAUCCGGUGGGCAGUUGCGAUUUUCGAUGAGCAGCUCCUUUAAGUCACGGAAGUCGGUAAAGCUUUACCACCACAGUUUUCUUUUGCGUUUAAUUGUACGCUUCGGAUUGAAAUGUUUUCUACACAAUUUUAUUGCGCCACUUAUUGAGGCUGUUGGGGGAUAUAAGGAGCCAGAAGAUGGUAAUGGGUUCCAUUAUCACAGCUCAACAAAUGGUGGAGGUGGCGGCAGUCGAAGAACGAGCCGGAACUUGAAUUAUAAUUCUACGGAGGAAGAAUAUUCUUUAACGUUAAUGUCGACGGAGGAAGGAGAUGUAAGUGUUGAUGAUGCAACGCUGCAGAUGAAAGUACCGGUGAAGCAGGAAGUCGAAGAUGUUUUCAGCUUUGACGAUGAUGCCAACUCUGAUCACGUCUCGAAUUGUGGCACCAGUGAAAAUAAGUCAAUUGACUCUUUUGACAUGCGCCCUGCGCCUGCUGAAGAAGCCAAGGAGGAUUACAGUCAAGGCGAUGCAACAUUAGAAAAAAUAGCAAUUUCAGAGAUUUUCUACGGUUCAAAAAUCUCCAGUACAUCUCUGGAAGAUUCCGAUAAGGUGUCGUUGAGCAGCCAGUGCGCAAAUGAUUCGCCCACCGCACAACUUGGCCCCAAAUCGCCGACAAUCGAAAUACCUGCCAACGCCAUAAGGCGCAGCUACCAACUAAACACCAUCGAUUGUGAUAUUGGCUCACGCAAAAGCAUUGAUUCUUUUGAGAUUAUCACGCAAGCAGUGGAGGAGGAACAAAAACAAUUGAAGUCGCAGCAAAUUGUUGGUGACAAAAAGCUAUUGUCUGAAAGCAGAAAGACGACGGUGGAAGCGGAUGAAACGCAAUCGCAAGUUGCUUUGGACUCACUGCAAGCCUCGGUAAUAUCGAAAAUGUCUGAGGCUAAGGCAGCUCAAAAUAAUCGCAUCUCAGAGAUGAGUGCGGAAAGUUUGAUGUGGCUGGCCCACCGUCUGGGACCAUCUCUAACUUCGCGUUACAUUACACGCAAUCUGCUGAAGAUGCUGUCACUGUGUUAUGUUGGUCAAGAGAAUUUGUUGCCAGAAACGGGUGAGCAAGCAGAAAUGGGUAAUCUAAAUUAUUUCUCCAUGGCCGAUGCGCGUGUAGUGGGUGAUCGGAGCGCAUCGCGUGUGCUGGAGUGUCUAAUGUCCAUAGCCGCCUUAUUCGGCGAGGAGGUCAUACUCAUGCAGUACUUUCCACACAUAAGCGAAUUGAUUGGGUUGGGCGCAAAGCGCAUAACAGCCAGUCUUGAGGGCGCUAUUAUAAGUACAUUACAGUUACUCAAGUACUUGGUGCCUUGUUUGAUAGAUGCCACACUAAUGGAACAUUUGAAGGAAACAAUACUCAUCAGCAUAUUGCUACCAAUAGUGCGUAUACUUGGCUCUACACGUCUUCUCAUGCCCAGUGGCUAUUUGGGACGCUCGGUAUUGGCGCGUAAAUGGUUGGAUGCAGUUUAUACGCUCUGCGUACGUAUCGGUCCUGAUAUGUCUAAGGAGCAUUUAUGCAUUCCAGCACUUCGUCCAUUCUUUCUCAUCUUCGAUAAGGCAUUUGGUAUAAGAGAGAAUUUUGUAAAUCCCACUAGCAGCUCACUAGCGAUAUCACCACCGAUAAGUGGCGUAUCAGCUGAAGACGGCGCAAAUUCCAGUCGCGAACGUGAAGAGCUACGCGACGUGUUUAGUCCAGCACUUGCGCAUAUAUCUUACUUGUCGUUCUUGCGUUUUCUGGGUGAGGCCAUAAUGCAACGUACAAUCUGCAAUUUAGAAUUUAUUUUAACACUUUGUCAUGAAUUUGAGCAACCCAAUUACAAAUCGUUGCAAACCGACGUUGCUAAAUCAAACGACACGGUCGAUAGUCCAUCGAAGAGUAAAGAUAAUUUGACGGAGCUUGAGUCGUCUGUGGCCAAUAGCUUUGGCACGAACAUUAUUGGUAAUCGCAUUGAGGUGGUCAGUGGAGCGGUCGCAGCCAACCAAUCGCAACAAGAAGUUGGUCCCAUGGAGGUGUUGGAUAUGGUCGCUUAUAAAUUCGAACAAAUACCAACUUCGAGACAUUUGAAGGGCAAUUGGUUAGCUUACUGGCGGCACGAGAUCAGUCGUUCUGACAAGGAUACAAUGCUGAAUUUGAAGCAGAUAAAAUUGCAAUCGUUUGCGGGCCAUACGAAUUCGGUGCGUUCGAUUUUGGCAUUGGACAACGAAAACAGCUUUUUGUCGGCCUCUAAGGACAAAACCGUUAAACUAUGGUCACUACGCAGCGAAGGCGACGGACGUAAAACGACCUCUUGUCAAUUCACAUACACAGCACACAAAAAAUCUAUAAACUCACUCGCCUUCCUGGAGGCCAUGCGUUUUGUGAUCUCCUGCGAUUCGGGUGUGCAUAUCUGGGACCCCUUCAUUGGACGCCCACUGGGUGUGCUAGAUGCUCCCAAACACAAUCCCAUAACCGUAGUUAAAGCACUGCCUUCACCGAGCCCACUUAUAGUGGCUGGCACAGCUGAGUCGUCGGUGAAAAUAAUUGAUUCUCGUUGCAUGCAAUAUGUAAAUGAAUGGCGUGUGAGCAACGCUGCCACGCAAGGCAAUGCAACAGUGCGCUGUUUAACGGUCGCCCCAUCGGGCAAUUGGCUCGCCGUGGGACUCUCCUCGGGCAGCAUUGUUAUGUUGGAUACGCGUACAGGUUGUAUUUUGAACGCUUGGCGCCCAAUGGAAUGCGAUUUACUGCAAUUGGCGGCACCAAAUGAUCAGCAACUCAUCAGUUCGGCAUUGGAUCACAGUUUGGCAGUAUGGCAUGCAACGGAUGGCAUUUUACAUUACCAAAUGAAACCACCCGCCGAACCCGCUCACUUCCUUCAAACCAUCGGUUCAGAGUUGGUUUAUGCUACCACAGGAAAUCGUGUUGGUAUUUAUGCAGACAUUGGUAGCUCCCACGCAAUACACACAGUAACAAAGCUGCGCGCUGAGACAUUCCGUGGUGUGCUGACCUCUCUGGCGGUAUUGCCUUUGAAUCGCACAUUUUUGGCCGGCAAUGAAAGUGGGAAUAUUGUGCUUUUAUGUUAGUUUGUAAAUGUUUUAAAUCCACCAGAACGUAAUUAGUUUACAAAAUAAAAAUAACUAAAAAUGUAGCACCUGAAUGUGUGCACACAUACAUAUGUAAGUGCUUAUGUAUAUUGUGCGCACAAUUCAAAGCGUAAUAGUAAUCAAAUAUGUAAUGCAAUUUUAUUAUUAGUUUAUUGACUUCAAAGGUGAUACCAUAUUUCUGUACACAAUAUUCUAGUAAACAUAACUACAUAUUUUACGUAAAAAUUGAUAUUGACUUAAAAAGUUUUUGUGUAAACAUUCCACUUAGUUCCAUUUAAUAUGCGAGGGUGGCACACAUCCUUUAGGCUAUUAACUGUAAGUAAAUAUAGUGCAAGUGUAAUAUAUGUUAAUCUAUAAAAGAAACGCAAGAAAAAAUAUACAAGUAUACCAUUUAAUAAUGGCUUAGAGGUGAAACU